AUGUUAAAACUGGUUUUUGUUAUAAUUUUUGCUUUUAACGUGACCGGAGAUGAUGAAGUUGGCAACUUUUCUGACCUGUCUAUGUGUAAAUUGAGCCACUUAGGUCUCGAAUAUCUUGGCGAUAUAUCGAAAACGGAAUCAUGGGUUAGGUGUCAGUCUUGGUCUUCAGAUCUUCCUCACCAUAUCCCUGAAGGGAUUGUCGAUGCGCAAUUCCCUGAACAGUCACGAAAAAGAGCGAAAAACUUUUGUAGGAAUCCCACAAAAGACCCUGAUGGGCCUUGGUGCUACACUAUGAAUUUAGACCUGAAAUAUGAAACUUGCGGAAUACCUUUAUGUUCAGUGAAGGAAUGUAGAAUUACAGGGCCUGGAAUGGAGUAUUCCGGCAAUAUAAAAAGAGCUCUAUCAGACCGGAAAUGUCUAAAGUGGAAUAAAGAUCGAGGUAAAGUGAAGGAAGCGACAGGAUAUAAACCCUACGAUAAGUUCUCGAAGAUACGUUUCCCAGAAGGUGAAGUUUCAAAAGCUAAGAAAUUUUGCCGCAAUCCUAAUGGUGACAUAGGGGGGCCGUGGUGUUUCGUCGAAAAUGAUGAGACUGAUGAAAUCGAGAAGGAAUACUGCGAUAUUCCUUUUUGUGAAGUCCCAGAUUGUGAGGUUUUCACUAGAAAUACUCCAAAUUAUACUCACUGGACUGACUUUAAUAAUACUUUAACUGAAUUCAGUUUUGGGGUGAAGUUGUGGGACUCAGAUUCAUACUCAAAUGCCACUGCUAGGUUGGUAAUAUCGACACUGGCGUUACCCGUGACUGGAAAAGAAAUGGCCGAUUUGGGAAUUGGACUUGAAAUUUUCCUCUCAAAUAAAGUUAGUGCUUUAACAAUGGGAAACAAAGACACACCUGAAUAUGAACCAACUCCUGAUAUUUUAAAAUCGACGAGUUAUACGAUGUUUACAGUAUCCUGGACCGCACCGUUUAUAACAUUAUCAUACGAGGGUCAAAUUAAGCCGAUUUUCUUAGCCGAGUAUAAAACUAAAAAUAAUCUGUUAGGAUUUCGCAAAAAUCGGUUCAAUUUUUACUCCGCUCAAGGCACUAAUGUGAUUUGGUCGUUCCCUUUUUGUCGCGACGACUUCGAAUGUGACGUUCAAACCACCACAGGAGCACAAUUUCAACAGUUUUGGCCUUUGAGAACCAACGAAGUUGGACAAGAGUUACAAUUCUAUCUUCGAGCAUUUCACUCAGCUUACAUUCUUUUUGUUCCAAGUCCGGCAGUUGAUUUUCCUAAUGUAAAAUUUCUGAUACAGCGAUCGAAUGAAAUGUCACGAAUUGUGGUAAAUUUUUGGGAAGAUUCGAGUGUCAUAAUUAAGGAAUUGUCUUUGCCUGAAAUUUUGGACUAUUGGGAAUGGCGCGAAUAUUCCGUUGCUUUUUUCGCUGAUACAAUGCAAUUUUAUUGGACGAAAAGUGUAGGCACGCAUAUGAUUUUUGAAAUAAAACAUGAAAUCUUCCGGUCGCUGCGCUGGUUCUCUCCGAGUUCGGACACGAUUGCGCAUUGGACCUUCUUUUGUCUUCCUCCAGAAAUAUCAAAACCUCCUCCAGCUCUUCUACCCGAAUGUGCAUUAAACAAUGACGAAGAAAAUUAUAAAGGGACUCAAGACGUAACUAGUGAAGGCAUGCCGUGCCUGCCAUGGGCAAGCAAAUUGCUACCAAAUCAAGAUUUUGACAACAAAAGCGAAGCCCUAGUUGAGUGGAAUUAUUGUCGUGAUCCUAAAAAAGAUGAAAAAGGCACUUAUUGUUACGCUUUUACUCUUGAUAAAUCCAUUGAGAAAAAUUAUUGUCGUUUGAGGAAAUGCAAGUCGGAGGAAUGCAGAAUGGCGGGAACCGGAAACGACUAUGUUGGGCACUUGUCAAAAACGAGAUCAAACCGUAAUUGUGAUUAUUGGUUUGAGAAUGUCACAGUUCACAGAGUUGAGUCACAAUACGCAAAUGAGACUUUAUAUGCGGAUUUGUCUCUUGAUGAUGUUCAAAAUUUUUGUCGAAACCCUUCGAGGGAUGUUGGUGGAAGUUGGUGUUAUACGAGUGAUCCAGACGUUCAGAAAGAUUUGUGUAAUGUGAGAGAUUGUGAUAGACCUGAGGAAAACAUAAUGAUCGUUGGUAAAGCGUUACAGGGGCGGAAAGUCUACAUUUUACCACAGUGGAAAAUAACGGGAUUAGAAUUUGGGUUAAAACAGUGGAAUCCAGAUUUAACAGAUGCAGUCCAGUUCGAUUUUUAUCCCAAGAAUUUGGAUGAUAAGAUCGAGCUAAUUUUGGGAGCGAAGGGUAACGAGAAGGUUUUACUUUUUCACAAGGCAAAGUUAAUCAAAGAAAAGACUUUUUUACAUUUGAUUUCGUCAGGGAAAUGGACGGACUUUUGGCUAGUUAUGCGGAAAGGUGAAAUUUCUUUAGGUUUUAAAGGAGUUCCAAACAGUUUCUUUGAAUAUCUGACUGACGAAGUCUUCGAUCCUAUGUUUUUGUCUUUUGGAACUGUUCAUGGCAAUCCGCUUGGUUUUUUUCUGAAAAGCGAGCAAUGUCAAACCGAAAAUGUUUCAAUAAGUAGUUUUGCCAAAACUGUGCCUUUUGGUAUUUGGUCGAGUGAAAAGACACUUCAUCAGAAUUUUAGUCUGGUAAUUCGAGGCGAGGGUUUAGUCUCAAUACCUCUGAUGUCUCUACCAAACACUCUUAGCUCACAUAUGCUCCAAAUUGAUACUAUGAAAAACGAGGUUUAUCUCAGUUAUUUGGGUGAGAUUCUAAAAACACAGUCGUCACAAUUUCCACUUUUAACCACUAAGAAUUGGACGACACUCAAUUUUAGUUUCAGCGAACAAUAUGUUAAUGUGACUAAAGAGAACGAAACUGUUUUUACGUACUAUAGCUUUAAACCCAUGCUCUUCUAUUGGUUUUCCUUGGGUAUGGAAAAGGGUUGGGCGAUUUGGAGUGCAAACUGCGACGCUUUGGACAUUGACGGGCCUCCUAGGGAUGGAGGGUGGUCGGCAUGGUCGCCUUGGCACUGUACUGUGAAAUGUGGGGGCGGCGAGGGAUAUCGUACUCGAAAUUGUACAAAUCCCAAACCAAACAUUUUAGGAAUGUUAUGUCCCGGUUCUUAUAAAUCCACGGGAAUUUGUAACGAUUUUGUUUGUGGGGAUGUCAGUCCUACCACUCUUGAAAAAAUGAGAGAGAAUUUGCAGACGCAUCAGUUCAGUUUUGAAGUAAAUGAGGGCAGAUCGGUGGUUUUGGAAAACGACAGUGAAAUGUUGAAAAUAAUCAGGCAAGAAUCGCCGGAUUCGUAUUUUGAGUGGACAUUGAAUGGGAUUUUUGUUGAGCCAGAUGAGAAUCGUGUAGUGUUUCAAGGGGAUAAUUUAGUCGUCAGAAAUGUUGGCAUUGAUGAUUCGGGGGUUUAUGUUUGUAUGUUGUAUAGAAUAAACAAAAAGAAGGAGGUUUUGAGGGUUAUUUCGUUGGCAGUUGUUAGUGAGGAUUAUACGAUUCAAACUCGAGCUACUAGAUCGGUCGUAUUGGUGUGCAAAGCAGUAGUUUUGGGUUACAUUUAUUCUGAUUUGAGUCUAAAAUUGUAUUUGAAUGGGGAAAUUUAUAAGGAUUUUGGUACAACCAUGUUGGCAGCGGUCAAUUCCGAAGAAUUUAAAGAAUUAAAUACGUCUCAUACGGGAGAUUGGAAAUGUGUAGUCGAACAAAAAGAUUUAAAACUUUCUUGGACAACUAAUUACAUAAGAAUGGAAGUUAAAAAAGCUCCAAAUUUUUACACAAAUUUGAUGGAGGAUGAAUUUAGUAAACCGUUUUUUGGUUGGUUAGGCACAGAAAAUAAUGUUUUUUACGCAUUGAUAUUUAUUGUUGUUUUUGUCAUUCUUAUGGUUUUGUUAUUCUUGUUUUUAUAUUUCAAAUAUUGUACAGUAAAAUCACGCUGGAAUUAAAUUUGCUUCAA